AUGAAAGUAUUUUUGAGUCUGCAGCAGGUCGCUGUGGGGUCAGCCCGGUCUGACCGCUGCUUCACCGGGUCAUCAGUCCUGCUGGACAGCCGGGGGCCUCCAGGGCCUCCAGGGCCUCCAGGGCCUCCAGGACCUCCAGGGCCUCCAGGGCCUCCAGGGCCUCCAGGGCCUCCAGGACCUCCAGGACCUCCAGGGCCUCCAGGGCCUCCAGGGCCUCCAGGACCUCCAGGGCCUCCAGGGCCUCCAGGGCCUCCAGGACCUCCAGGACCUCCAGGGCCUCCAGGGCCUCCAGGGCCUCCAGGGCCUCCAGGACCUCCAGGGCCUCCAGGGCCUCCAGGGCCUCCAGGGCCUCCAGGACCUCCAGGACCUCCAGGACCUCCCGGGCCUCCAGGGCCUCCAGGACCUCCAGGACCUCCCGGGCCUCCAGGGCCUCCAGGACCUCCAGGGCCUCCAGGUCCAACCAGAGUUCAGCUGUUUGUUGAACACGAAAAACACGAUUUCAUCCAAAACAUGAAGCAGCAGAAGAUCCACACUGAGAUCUGCAGAACCAGAACCAUGGAACCCUCAGUAGAACCAUAG